AUGUCCGCCGCGCUCGACGCGCGCACGUUUCCCCGAAACCAUCGCGAUGGUCGUUCUCGUGCGUCUUCGGGGCCUCGAUGCUCGACCUCAGUCCCGCGCGCGUCUUCGUCCUCGCGUUCCGCGCGCGAUGAAGUCUUCACCUUUGAGCAGACGACGCACUCCGACGACAUCUUCGCCGCUGCAGCGUGUCGAUCGAUCGCGUUCGCGUCAUCGGGUGCGUACGCCGAUCGCUCUGACUUUGCCCGUCGAGCCAAAGUGGCGAUGAAGACGGAGGCCGAGAGCGAGUCGCUGAUGAAAAAAUUGAGGCUCCUGGGGGCGUGCGAAGUCGGGUACGAGAGCGUCGUGACGUCGCUGAUCGUCGCUCGACGGGAAAUAGGACAGAAUGGGGAGAUACCGAUGUGGUUUGACGCUCGAUCGCUCGAUCCGCGGUGCAUGAGCUCGCGGGAGGGUUUCGUGAUGUCCAUCGUCGCCGGUUCUCUUGACCUGAACGUUGGAGAGCGAUUGCCCGCAGAGGAGCUGGCGGGCGCUCUCUCACCGGGAAAGCGGGCGUAUCUAUCGAACGUCAGCGUCUUACCGCCCGUACGACGACGUGGUAUUGCAUUUGGGAUGAUAAACCGCGCGCUCGACGUCGCUCGCGAUGAGUUCGGAGUCGAGACGGUCUACGUUCACGCGGAGGCGUCGAACUCUCGCGCCAUCGCUCUGUAUGAAAAAAUAGGUUUCGAAAUGGAGACUCGCGAGCCCGAUGGAGUCAUCGUCACGCACGGAAGGCCGCCGCGCGUACUAUUUCGACGGGGCACUAGAACUAGCUAG